UUCGCUCGCGCGCCCCGGAGCGGCAGCUCCGGAGGACCGACGUUGCCGCUCCACGGCACGUUCCUUCCGGAGUCGGUUCCGUUGGCGAACGACGUAGGCGCUCUCUCGCGCGCGCGCUCCCGCCCCUCACCCAAAGCCUUCUUGGGCGACGCGGCGAGAGAGAGAGAGAGAGAACGAAUUAGCAGCCGCCGCCGCCGCCGCCUAAGCCUUAGGAGGACGGUGCCAUGUCGGUGCCCCCGACAGGCUUUCCCCCGCUGCCCUUUGCCUCCGCCGGGCCCUCCUUCCCCGCUGGGCCCGUCGCGACCCCCGCCAGCCUCAGAGCCCCCGGGGGCGUCGGACCCUGUCAGAACGGACCAGCACAAAAUCAAAUGCAGUUCUUCUCUGGAUAUGGGUCACAUCCUGAAAACUAUAGUGCUCCCUCAGGACACUACUCCCAAGUGCCCAGUAAAGCUAUCCCCUCACAGCUGGAUAACCAUUAUAGUGCUGAUUAUUUUUCUGCUCACUACUCGGUACCAGCACAAAAUGUUAACACAUCUUCUGUGACUCCCAAGAUGUUGAGCACACAGGGAGCACAGCACUUGUACAGUAGAGCACCUCAUAUUGCAGAAUCAUCUGGACCUCUCCAACCAUUGAUUUCUUCUGCAUCCCAGUUACCUACCAGCAUUUCUCAAUCAUAUUCUUCAUUUGGUAGUCCCUACAGUAAUUCAGCCUUGCACUCUGCCAACUCUUCAGUUCCAUCUCAGGGAUUUGGUUCUUCAUCUGGUCACUAUACCAUGCCUGUUUCUAGUACUGCUUAUCCUAAUGUUUCAUAUCCUUCUAUGCCCAUUGGUAGUCUUUAUGGACAAGUGCCUACAUUCCACAGUGUACCAGCUCUUGGACAUUCAAAGGAAGUAAAUGCUUACUUCAGUCAAAACAGAGUCCCACCUACAGGACAACAAACAGUUUCUUCAGGUAACAACUCUGCUUCAUGGUCUGCUCCAGAACUCCAGUCAGCUCAAAAGAAUCAUAGUGGAAGCAUUGCAGGAUCCAUGCCUCAAGAAAGCAACCCAGUGUGCACAGGGUCACUGCAUCCUGUAAACCAGAAUGUUCUGCCUGUGAAACCUGCCCUGGGAAUUUCUUCAGCUGUGACUUCUUCAAUUAGGACACCUGCCACAGAGAAAACCACAAAGCCCACCAUAUCAUCUUCUGUUACACAGCCAUCCGAUCCCUUGCUACAUGAAGGCAUGCAGUAUGGUGGAUAUGUUAAUAACCAAGCUAGCUCUCCAGGAACUCCCUUGUCAUCAAGUUCAGAUGAUGAGGAAGAGGAUGAGGAGGAUGAGGAAGCAGCUAUUGACAGCUCUUCUACUACCAGCAGUGUGUCUCCUGUUCUUAGCAAUUAUGAUACCCUAGAAGGAGGUGGCCAUCCAGAGGCACAUUCUACAACAAGUAGUCCAGUACCUGUUCCUUCGGUUUCCCAGACUUCCAGAACCUCUAAGCCAUUUGGCUAUGGCUACCCUACUCUCCAACCUGGUUAUCAAAAUGUAACACCACCUCUUCCACCUUCUGCUACACAGACUGGUAGCUCCUCAUAUAAUUCUGGAUUCCCUCAAUAUCCACAGCAAUACCCAACAAUGACUCAACUAUCAGCUAGUCUUGGAGGACUAGGUAUACAGCAGCCAGAGAGCUUGAGACCAGUCAACCUUACUCAAGAUAGAAAUAUUCUGCCGGUCGCUCCAGUUCCAGCUCCUGUGCCUAAUUUGAAUUCAGACUUGAGGAGACUGAACUGCAGCCCAGACUCAUUUCGAUGCACUUUGACAAAUAUUCCACAAACCCAGGCUUUGUUAAAUAAAGCAAAACUUCCCUUGGGCUUGCUUCUACAUCCCUUCAGAGAUCUAACGCAAUUGCCUGUGAUAACAUCGAAUACCAUUGUGAGAUGUAGGUCGUGCAGAACAUACAUCAACCCUUUUGUUUCUUUUAUUGACCAAAGGAGAUGGAAAUGUAAUCUAUGCUACAGAGUUAAUGAUGUUCCUGAAGAAUUCAUGUAUAACCCUCUGACACGAUCCUAUGGAGAGCCUCACAAGCGACCUGAGGUCCAAAACUCUACAGUGGAGUUCAUUGCCUCUUCAGAUUACAUGCUUCGUCCUCCUCAACCAGCAGUUUAUUUAUUUGUGUUUGAUGUGUCCCACAAUGCAGUAGAAGCUGGAUACUUAUCAAUCGUAUGUCAGUCAUUGCUGGAAAACCUAGAUAAGUUACCAGGAGAUUCCAGAACAAGAAUAGGUUUCCUAACAUUUGACAGUACUGUUCAGUUCUAUAACUUGCAGGAAGGAUUAUCACAGCCUCAGAUGCUAAUUGUCUCAGAAAUUGAUGAUGUUUUCCUGCCUACACCUGAUAGUUUACUUGUUAAUUUGCAUGAAAGUAAAGAGCUCAUUAAAGACUUGCUGAAUGCGUUACCAAAUAUGUUCGCCAAUACAAGAGAAACACACAGUGCAUUAGGCCCAGCCCUUCAAGCUGCCUUUAAAUUGAUGUCUCCAACAGGUGGACGUAUAUCUGUCUUUCAGACACAGUUGCCAUCAUUGGGCACAGGACGUUUGCAGUCCAGGGAAGAUCCCAAUCAAAGAUCAAGCACAAAGGUUGUUCAGCACCUUGGUCCAGCAACAGAUUUUUAUAAAAAAUUGGCACUAGAUUGUUCAGGACAACAAACAGCUGUGGAUUUGUUCCUUUUAAGCUCUCAAUACUCUGAUUUAGCUUCUCUUGCAUGUAUGUCCAAAUACUCUGCUGGAUGCAUCUAUUAUUAUCCGUCUUUCCAUCAUAUUCACAACCCAGUUCAGGCAGAAAAAUUGCAAAAGGACCUUAAGAGAUACCUUACACGAAAGAUUGGAUUUGAAGCAGUCAUGAGAAUAAGAUGUACAAAAGGUCUUUCAAUUCACACCUUCCAUGGUAACUUUUUUGUGAGAUCAACUGAUUUGCUGUCACUUGCCAAUGUCAAUCCAGACGCUGGGUUUGCAGUACAGAUGUCCAUUGAAGAAAGCCUAUCAGACACAUCGUUGGUUUGUUUUCAGACAGCGCUUUUGUAUACUUCCAGUAAAGGUGAACGGAGGAUUAGGGUACACACUCUUUGUUUGCCUGUGGUGACUUCACUGACAGAUGUUUAUGCUGGAGCAGAUGUACAAGCAGUUGUAUGCCUUUUAGCUAAUAUGGCUGUAGAUCGAUCCAUUUCAUCAAGUUUAUCAGAUGCUAGAGAUGCCUUAGUGAAUGCAGUAGUAGAUUCAUUGUCUGCAUAUAUGUCAACUGCAUCAAACCUUCAACAAUCUGCUUUGAUUGCUCCAAAUUCUCUCAGGCUGUUUCCUCUGUAUGUUUUGGCUCUCUUCAAGCAGAAAGCAUUUCGAACAGGCACGAGUACACGGUUGGAUGAUCGUGUAUAUGCUAUGUGCCAAAUCAAAAGUCAGCCUCUGGUUCACUUGAUAAAGAUGAUAUAUCCCAGUUUAUACAGGAUAGACAGACUUACUGAUGAGGGUGCAAUACAUGUGAAUGAUAGGGUAGUACCCCAGCCCCCUCUUCAGCGAUUGUCUGCAGAGAAGUUGACAAGAGAAGGAGCUUUUCUUAUGGACUGUGGCUCGAUACUUUUCAUUUGGAUUGGAAGAAGCUGUGAUAAUAACUUCAUAAAAGAUGUCCUUGGAUACCCUAAUUAUUCAUCUGUACCUCAGAAUCUGACACAGCUUCCAUAUUUAGAUACUCUUUCUUCAGAGCGAGCCCGGUCCUUUAUAUUAUGGCUUAUGGACAGUAAACCUCUAAGCCCAGUGCUUCAAAUCAUAAAGGAAGAAAGCCCUGCAAAGGCAGAUUUUCUUCAGCACUUAGUUGAAGACAAGACAGAAGCAGCAUUUUCAUACUAUGAAUUUUUGCUUCAUAUUCAGCAACAAGUUUGUAAGUGAGAAGGAUGAAACAGAACAAGCAAAACAGUUCUGGACUUCUUUUCCAAACAUCAGCUGUGAAAUAAGCACACUGGAAAUGAUAAAACCAGGCAUGGGUUCUUCAGCACUCUUAUCUAUUGCUUUUCAGCUGAAAAGACAGAACACACAUUUUCAGAUGAAUUUUACAAUUCUGCUUCAGUUUAAAAAAAAGUGAUGGCUUUGAUGCAAUUUAUUAGUAUAUUUUAAGUUGGUUUUAUAUGCAUUUCCAAUAGUGCAACAACAUGGUGCUUCUGUCUAUUUUAAGCUGGUGAACUUACAUAGCAAUGUGGAAUAGUAUUUCGUAAUGAAAUCUAACAUCAGAGAGCCCUUUCUCUUAACAUUUAGUAUGAUAGCCUUUCCAGAUGAUCUCCAGCAGAGAUGCCAAAGUGCAGUGAUCCAUACUGUUUAUAUGAAUUUAUAAAAGAGAUAAUUCACGUUUGAAGACUUCACCACUUUCUCCAUGAAGAAUUUCAGUACAGCAUACGUAAAUUGUAGAAAUAUAUGUAUAUAUAUAUCUAUAAUGUACAGAAGUAUUAACUUUUGUAAAGAAAGUGUAAAAAAUGUAAUUAGAGAGUUUGAAUUGCUUAAUGGGCUCCAGUGUUGGUGAUUGGACAACAAAUCACUAUCUCAGUUAAAAAUAAACUUGACUAAUCCAUAUUAAAAAUGAAAUCUGAAUCCACAUAGGAACAUACUUUGCAAUUCAUUUAAUCAACUUUUAUGUGGAUCUAUUUAUGAUUAACUAAUUAAAGUAUUUUGCUUGAUCAUGUGUUUUAUAUUUAUGUGAUCACUAUAUUUUAGACACUAAUUUGGCUUGCUAUCUUCAGAAAGCUUGACUGCUUUAAAGCAUUGAACACCCAGAAAAGGGAUAACUGGGAAUGUUGUCGACUUUCAAUUGGAAUUAGUGUGGAAGAUAUAUCUCGCCUGUGACAGUACCUAGCAGUAGAUGGUUUUUCUUAACUGGUUUAUUUUAUGUACCAUGCAACAAUUGUUCUGGAUUCCUCCUCUUCUCUUGCCACAGUGAGAUAUUAAAGAGAUUUUAUUUCACUUAAAGCUGGGAGUUUCUGCAGCAUGUAUUUUAAAAACUGGCCUUUCUUUAUAUUAACAUUUCUAUUUUGAAUUUAAGACUUCUGCACACAUAGCUAAUCAUUUGGGUAGGGCUUGAAAAUAACAAAUUUGUUUAUAAGUUUUUGCUUGUUUUUUAACAGUUAAGGUAAUAGAACAAAAUUUUCUUUUUAACCAUGUCAAAUGCUAAUGUACUUUCUUAAAUAUAUAUAUAUCUUUGUCCCAGUAAACUGCCACAUAACUAUAAUGCCCUUAUGUAACAUUACUGUUUUACAUGCAUACUGUAUGGAUAAACUUUAGAAUUUUACAGUUUGCUUAAUUUUACCAAAGCAUGUCAAAGUUUUUUCUGAGAAGAAAGCCUCAUACUUGUUGAACUUUUCUUUAUGCCACAUUAUAGGUGGGCGCAAGUUAUAAAGAUUAUACAUCCGAACAAAAAACUGUCACCUAAUAUUUUAAAGUUAGUAUUUUCCUUAUUUCACAUUAAUUUAGCUGGAUAAAAUGAGUAAAAGAAAUUGGCUGAAAAUGUGUGUUAUAUGGAACUAUAAAUGUAUCUGAUGUACAAGUGUGAUUUUAACAAUUAUUUUGGAAUAAAACAAUUCUUGUGGGGCUUAGUGCUAAAUAUCCAAAAACAUCCAAAGCCAUGGUGUUUACUAAAUGAUCUGUAAAACCUAACUUAGAAGUUUUAUUUUCUAUAUUUUGUAUAUAAAAAUUGUCUUCAAAAAUACA